AGGGCACGGGUCUGGGGGGCGAAGAGGGUGGGUGGCACCGAGCUGCGAGGAGAGGCAGGGUUUGCAGCAUGGAGUUACUGCGGACUAUUACCUACCAGCCGGCUGCCAGUGCCAAGGUGGGCGAGCAGGCGCUGGGCAAAGCCUGCACGGGGGAGUCCAAAAAGAAGCCGCAGCAGCAGCAACCGGAGGAGCAGCAGCUGCAGCAGCUGCAGCAGCAGGCCCCCCCGGCUGCCCUGCACCACCACCACCACCAUCACCACUCUCACUCCAGCGCCGAGAUCUCCAGGAUUAUCAUCGAUCCCGGCACGGGCAAGCGCUACUGCCGGGGCAAGGUGCUGGGCAAGGGUGGCUUUGCGAAGUGCUAUGAGAUGACCGACUUGACAAACAACAAAGUUUACGCUGCAAAAAUCAUUCCACACAGCAGGGUAGCCAAACCUCAUCAAAGGGAAAAGAUCGACAAAGAAAUAGAGCUGCACAGAAUUCUUCAUCACCGGCAUGUGGUGCAGUUCUACCACUACUUUGAGGACAAAGAAAAUAUUUACAUUCUCCUGGAGUACUGCAGUAGGCGGUCUAUGGCUCACAUCUUGAAAGCAAGAAAGGUGUUAACCGAACCAGAAGUGCGAUACUACCUCAGGCAGAUCGUGUCAGGACUGAAGUACCUUCAUGAGCAAGAAAUAUUGCAUAGAGACCUUAAGCUAGGUAACUUCUUCAUCAAUGAAGCCAUGGAAUUGAAAGUGGGCGACUUUGGCUUGGCAGCUCGGCUGGAACCUUUGGAGCACAGGAGACGGACAAUAUGCGGCACACCAAACUAUCUCUCACCCGAAGUGCUCAACAAACAAGGACAUGGCUGUGAAUCAGACAUUUGGGCCUUAGGCUGUGUAAUGUAUACGAUGCUCUUGGGAAGACCCCCGUUUGAGACAACCAAUCUAAAAGAAACCUACAGGUGUAUAAGGGAAGCCAGGUACACCAUGCCCUCAUCCUUGCUGGCCCCAGCGAAACACUUAAUAGCCAGCAUGCUGUCCAAAAACCCAGAGGAUCGCCCCAGGCUGGAUGACAUCAUUCGACAUGACUUCUUCUUGCAGGGCUUCACACCAGAAAGACUGUCCUCAAGCUGCUGCCAUACUGUGCCAGACUUCCACUUGUCAAGCCCAGCUAAGAACUUCUUUAAGAAGGCAGCGGCUGCUCUCUUUGGGGGUAAAAAGGAAAAAGCAAGAUACUUCGAUGCACAUAACAGACUGGCUAAAGAGGAUGAAGAAAUUUACAAGCUUAGGCAUGACUUGAAGAAGGCUUCCAUAACCCAGCAACCCCACAAACACAGAACAGAUGAGGAGAUCCAACCACCCAAUAUGACCGUGGUCAAGUCUGGAGCGCCGGCAACAGAUCACAAGCAGCCAAUCGGGGAUUCCAUUAGGAUGAUAGUGAGAGGAACUCUGGGUAGCUGCAGCAGCAGCAGCGAAUGUCUGGAGGACAGUACUAUGGGCAGUGUGGCUGACACAGUGGCAAGGGUUCUGAGGGGAUGCCUUGAGAAUAUGCCAGAGGCCGACUGCAUCCCCAAAGAGCAGCUGACCACGUCCUUUCAGUGGGUCACCAAAUGGGUAGAUUACUCGAAUAAAUACGGCUUUGGGUACCAGCUGUCGGAUCACACAGUCGGGGUCCUCUUCAACAACGGGGCCCACAUGAGCCUUCUCCCUGACAAAAAAACAGUCCACUACUAUGCAGAGCUUGGCCAGUGCUCAGUGUUUCCUGCUACAGAUGCUCCUGAACAGUUAAUUAGCCAAGUCACGGUGCUGAAAUAUUUCUCACACUACAUGGAGGAGAAUCUCAUGGAUGGCGGAGACCUGCCUAGUGUCACUGAUGUUCGCAGGCCCCGGCUCUACCUCCUCCAGUGGCUAAAAUCUGAUAAGGCCUUAAUGAUGCUGUUCAACGAUGGCACAUUUCAGGUGAACUUCUACCACGAUCAUACGAAAAUAAUCCUCUGCAGCCAGAGCGAUGAGUAUCUACUCACUUACAUCAACGAAGAGAGGAUCUCCACGACGAUCCGGCUGACUACUUUACUGAUCUCUGGAUGCUCGCUGGAACUAAAAAAUCGAAUGGAAUAUGCACUGAAUAUGCUGCUGCAACGCUGUAACUAGACGACCAAAUUGGUCUAAGCAGAAAGGACUAUUUUUUUUUUUUCUCCCCCCCACUGUGAGAAACUUACAACCGAGGCAGUGGCACAAGACGAGGAUGUCCAAGUCGGAGGGAGGAUGUGGUACGAAAAUAAUUCCUUCAGCUUGCUGGGCUGGGCCCAGACCUAGGAAUAAAAAUCUUGACUUUGUGGACUGAGUCAACCAUUCAUUGAGGAAUCCCUUUGGAAUGCAGAUUUCCUCAAUAUACCUGCUUAAUAGGUUUCGGACAAUUUCUCAGCAGAGUUCGUUGACUCUUGACAUUUGGCCUCUCUCCACAGAAAGGCUUGUGGAUGGAGGACUGGGAACUGUGAAUAUGCUUCCUGAUGAGAGAGAGAGAGAGAGAGGGGAGCUCCGAUGUUGAACGGCUGUAACUGGGGCAGCUCUGAGCUGCUUAACUGUGAACUGUGGCCAUAUUUUUUUUUCUUUUUUCAAGAAAAAUAACCCACACUUGGCUGGAGAAGUGCAUUCCUUGUUAAUAAACUUUUUAUUUAUUACAGCCUAAAGUGCAGUAUUUAUUAUCUGAAUUUUUUUGGAUGUUGAACAUUUUAAACCUUGUUGGCAAUAAAGAGAAUGGAAAAACAGAA